AUCUUACUCGCUAAUUCGUUCUGAAAUUUCUCUGAUUGUUAAUCGUUACUUUUCAUUUCCGUUCCUUUUUUCUUACUCCUUUGAUGGAUUCUAGUAUGAGCUUGUUCUAGAUCGACGUCAAGGUCUCGUUUUCCUGUUUCAUUUUUUUUGGUUUCGAUUUUCUUUUCCCGGUCAAACUGGAAAGUUGAAAAAGGAUGGACCAUGACAAAAUUGGUUGCCAGGCUCCCCCUGAAGGUCCUACAUUGUGCAUCAACAACUGUGGUUUUUUUGGUAGUGCAGCUACCAUGAACAUGUGUUCGAAGUGCCACAAGGACAUGAUGCUGAAACAGGAGCAGGCCAAGCUUGCAGCAUCGUCCAUUGGGAAUAUUAUUAAUGGGUCAUCAAGCAGCAGCGGAAAUGAUCUUCUUGUUGCUACCACCAAUGUGGAUAUCCCAGUCAAUUCAGUAGAGCCUAAAACUAUCUCAGGGCAACCUCUAUUUGGUUCAGGUUCUGAGGAGACUGGUGAGGCAAAGCCAAAGGACGGUCCUAAACGUUGCAGUAGCUGCAACAAGCGGGUUGGUUUGACAGGGUUCAAUUGUCGGUGCGGUAACCUUUUCUGCACUGUACAUCGUUACUCAGACAAACAUAACUGUCCAUUUGAUUACCGCACUGCUGGACAGGAUGCCAUAGCUAAAGCAAACCCAAUUGUCAAGGCUGAGAAGCUUGACAAGAUUUAACAUUUGUUUGUGCUUAAGUUUCACCGCGCUGAGAUUUUGUUAUGCUCGAUUUCAUCAUGAAAUGACCAAGUUUCCUGCAUAUUUUAAUGGUGUUCUUAUUAUAUUGUUGUAUGUGGUGUGGGAUACUUGGAGUUGUAGGACAUGUCUGCAAUACGAAGUAGAGGUCUCUAUCAUGUAACUGGCAAAAGAAAUAUAUAUGUUCGCCCCCCAGUGUAUUAAGCUUUUAAA